UCCUUCCUCCCCACAUUUCCCCGCACACUCACUACUCUUUCUCUCCUCUGAAAGGAUGGCCAUUCUCCGCCUCGUAGCUCUCGCCUCUCUGCUCGCCUUCUUGGUGCCGGCGGCCGCCCGCAUUCCGGGCGUCUACAGCAGCGGGCCGUGGCAGAGCGCCCACGCCACCUUCUACGGUGGCAGCGACGCCUCCGGCACCAUGGGGGGAGCGUGUGGAUAUGGGAAUUUGUACAGCCAGGGUUACGGGGUGGAGACGGCGGCGCUGAGCACGGCGCUCUUCAACGACGGGAUGAGCUGCGGGGCGUGCUUCGAGAUCAAGUGCGCCGACGACCCGCAAUGGUGCCACUCGGGGAGCCCCUCCAUCUUUAUCACUGCUACCAACUUCUGCCCGCCGAACUAUGCUCUCCCCUCCGACGACGGCGGGUGGUGCAACCCUCCCGCCCACUUCGACCUCGCAAUGCCCAUGUUCCUCAAGAUCGCCGAGUACCGCGCCGGCAUCGUCCCCGUCUCUUACCGCAGGGUGCCGUGCCGGAAAUCUGGUGGGAUCCGGUUCACCAUCAACGGGUUCCAGUACUUCAACUUGGUGCUGAUCACGAACGUGGCCGGGGCCGGCGACAUCGUGAGGGCGAGCGUGAAGGGGUCGCGGACGGGGUGGAUGCCCAUGUCCCGGAACUGGGGCCAGAACUGGCAGUCCAACGCCGUGCUGGUGGGGCAGUCCCUCUCCUUCCGCGUCACCGGCAGCGACCGCCGCACCUCCACCUCCUGGAACAUCGUCCCGGCCAACUGGCAGUUCGGCCAGACCUUCGCCGGCAAGAACUUCCGAGUCUAAUAUAUCAAAUCCACGACAACAAAAAGGGCGGGGCUCCGAAAAAACAAGUUUGGUUUCCCGCCUUGGAGAUGCAAGAUACCUAUGUUUUAGUUUCUUUUUUCUUUAAUCUUCUUCGCGCCAGAUUUUAAAGUUUGGUAUGGAUUUGUGUUGGGUUUUUGGUAGUUGUGAAAGGUGAAAAGGGUGGGAUUGAAAGAGAAAGAGUGGGCAUGAUUGAAUGUUGGCGAGUGGCUGUUUUUUUUUUUUGACUGUGGGAUGGGGAGGAGAGUCAAGUGGAGGUGGUGUUACUUCUUCUAGGCAGUGGGAUUAUUAGACGUCGUAGCGGCAGCGGCUGAAGUGGCUGCAGAACCACUAAAGAAAAGUGUUCAUGUAGCCCGCAGCUGCUUUUUAUAUAUCUAACUAAAUUGUCUGAAUGAAUAUAAUGUGAUAAUAUAAUAUAUAGUUGUGAUGGUGAUAU